AUGAAGUACCUGGAAGAACCGCAGCUGUCGUGGCUCAAUGCGGUGCUCGGCAGCUACAGCGUGGGCGACCGCGUGCUCACGGGCAAACUCGAGACGUACUCGUGCAAGAAGGCGGGCAGCGACAAGCGAUUGGCCAAGCAGCUGGAGCGCUCGUACCAGCAAGAGAUGGAGCUCUCGUGCAGCGAGGCACGACCGCUGCCUUUGUCGUCGUCGUCGUCGUUGGGUCCACUUGCAGCUGCCGCCACUCGCAAACUGCUUAUAACUCUCAUUUCGACUAUGAACGCGAGUUUUCCCGAUUACGACUUCAGUGGUGUGCGUCCGGAUCAGUUCUGCAAGGUAAUCGACUUCCGCAGUGCCCUCCAGCGCAUCAAUCACGACUUGGCCGAGCUGCUGGACGCAGAAGGCGAUGGGUUUGUGGAGAAGAUGUGGGAGAGCGUGGCCGAAGUGAUCAAGCUCGACGACUGCGACGUGUACAGCUACAUCCCUGACAUGGACUCGGACCCGUUCUCGGACGGCCACUUGUGGUCGUUCAACUACUUUUUCUACAACAAGGUGCAAAAGAAGGUGCUGUACUUUACGUGCAUCUGUAAAGGAUCGACCUAUGACACGGCUACGGACGACGAGGUGAUGGAAGAGUCGGUUGCGAUGGAGGACGACGGCGAAGAUGAUAUGGAAGAUUACUUUGGCAUGUCGCCAGACUGGGAGGACGGGUUGUAG